AUGCUUACCGAACAAUUUGUGGCCGCCAUAGCCGGCAGCACGAAACCCAACACCGGAGUCACAAAAGACCAGGGGAUCUUCAUUCACGAGUAUCAGCCUUUGGCGGCACAGCGACAUGUUUUCAAGAAGAGCGCGACUGCCCAGAACGGCAUUGCUCUGAGCAGCACUCACAUCUUCGCCGCGCAAACCGAAAAAGCGAUCGUUCAUGUGUACAGCCGGGAAAAGGGCAACCAAGAAGCUGUUGUGGCGUUUCCCGAGAGGAUUCACAGCAUUGCGCUCGCGGCGCAUGAUACAGUACUGCUGCUGGGCGCAGAAAGUGGAAGAGUGCUGGCUUGGGAGAUAUGUUCCGGUCGUUUCGUCUCUACAUCCACAUCGCACCUGCAGCCUGUGACAUCUCUCGUUGUCGAUCCUUCCUCGAAUUUCUUCCUUUCUGGCUCUUCAGACGCCAUGAUUCACGUAUGGGCGCUGCCUUCGAUCCUAUCCUUCUCACCAGAUACCUCGCGUUCGCCUGUACAUACUCUGUCAACGCACCGGGGACCCAUAUCAUCUAUAGCAUGCGGGCACAGCUCCAGCACCGCCAACAUUGCAGUAUCAAUAUCAGGCGACAAGACGGCUAUUGUGUGGGACUACCAGAACGGACAGGCGCUUCGUACAUACCUUCUACCAGAAACACCCACAGCAGUAGCCCUGGAUCCAGCCGAUCGAGCUUGUUUUAUUGCAUACGCCGAUGGCAGUCUACAGACAGUAGACUUCUACGAUGACAUCCAGAAAACGGCAUCAGUCGAUAUCUUAAGAGACACUUCAGCCUCACAUCGACCGGUGCAACCUCCACCAAAGACCAGGUUCGGUGCGGAUUCGCAGAAGCUCGGUGGGACACUCAGUCUCAGUCUGAGCUGGGAUGGCACAACUCUUCUUUCUGGUCACAGCAGCGGUAAAAUUGCUGCGUGGGACAUUGCGAAGAGCAACUAUCUUUCUACCUUGCUCAACUUGCCUGGGCCCGUGGCAAACCUGCAGUUCUUGCGUCCCACCGGGUUCUCGCAUACUAUCGAAUCUCGCUUCAAAGUUCAGACAAUCGUUAAGCCGAAACAAGAUGCAGGCCUGACAGGUAGCAGCAGUGGCUUGGUCCCUUCGAAUUACAACCUGAGCAUGCAAUUUACCGGUAGAGUGAACACUCCGGCUGUAACAGCUACAGAAAGACGAUCCGCCAAGACGAGUUCAUCUAUGGAGGCCCUUACCCAUCCUAGCUUCCCCGCUAGCAUGCUGGAAGAGAGUCUUGCAGAGUUGGAGUCAUGGGUUCCUGCGUCUAAGAGUGCUAGUGCUCCAGCAGCUAAGGUCGCGGCCUCAAGUCAGGAUGGCGAGGAGGAGGCAGAGCGACCGACCGCCGUUGACGCGUCGGAAGAUGAAGUCAAAGAGCUGAAGAAACAGCUUGCCAGCCUGCAGCGCAUUCAGAAGGUCACAUUUGCUCAGCUGGCGGAAUUGCGUGAAGGGAAAGAAAACAUCGUAAAGAAGGACACGGGUCGCGCCAGUCGUUCAAAAUCGAAAAAGAAAUCUGGAUCCACCAGCGCUGACGUGGAGAUGGACGACGGCGACGACAAUGUCGAGUCAUAA